AUGGAUUCAUUUCAACAUGUUCUCAGCCACCGAUUUGGUCUUCUCGGUCUUCUGGCGUUGACUCAAUUGGAUCUUGUCCAGGCCGGGGUUGCGCUUGAUCCAGUGAAGAACUUUUGCAGAAGAAUUGGACACAGCUCGGUUUAUAAGAACGGGACGCUCUAUAUCAAUGGCGGCAUUGAGACAUACGUCGACUUUGGUGCGGACGGGCAACAGGAUUGGAACACGAUUACUACCGGCAUCAACGAGAACCUCAUCUCGGUCGACAUGACCGCGUCAUGGGACUGGAAGACAAAUAUAUCCAUCUCCCAGAACGCCAGACACGAAAGUGGCAGCGUUGCCGGCAUGCAAUGGCCGGUGAAUGUUCACGACGGCGCUCUGUUCGGAGGUUUGAACGACUCCCCCUCGCUGACCAUGUUCGGUGGUACAACCUCCGACUUCAACCAGUCAUUCCCCAACUUCUUGAUUCCCCCGGACACGCGGUACGGCAUUUGGACCUACGAUAUGGAUGGGGAUAUUUGGACUGCUGUCGACACGUCUAACGUCUUAGACACCAUACCCUCUUGGGGAGCCAGUGCUGAAGCUCCGGACCAAGGACUCGCCUUCUACGUUGGUGGACAAAUCGACGACGGUACAGCAAACAGCACUCAGUUUCUCGGCGACGAUACUGUUGGCGUGUCUGGCAUGGUGGUGAUCGAGACCCAAACCAACACCAUCAAGAAUAUAACGGGCUUGAGUGGCAUUCAGACCAAUCGCCAAGGAGGAGGCCUCGUAUACGUCGACAACUUUGGCAAUUCCGGCGUGCUUUUGCUUAUUGGUGGGCAGACCCAAACCACGGGUUACAUUCCCAUGGAUGAGAUCAAAAUCUUCGACAUUCACUCCAUGGACCUUACCGGCUUGGCUGGAAGCGGUAACAACCUGUGGUACGAGCAGAAGGCAACUGGUGACAUUCCCGACGCCCGGGUGGACUUUUGCUUGGUGGCUGCACCUUCGCAAGACAACAGCAGCACCAGCAUCUACCUUUACGGCGGAACAAGCAAUGGUACAAUCUUCGACGACAUCUAUGUACUCAGCUUGCCGUCCUUUACUUGGGUCAAGGUCUUUACGGGCCAAGAUGCACGAUGGAGCGUCACAUGUCAUUUCAUCCCCCCGAGGCAAAUGAUCACCGUAGGCGGUGGUGGCAAGAGCAGCAAUAUUUCCUCCGACUGCGAUUGGGAACAGAAGAGCUUGGCUGUGCUUGACCUGAGCACCAUCAAGUGGGGCAGCGUUUACGAUGCCGCAGCCCCGGCUUUCGAAGUGCCCGAAGCAGUGGUCAAGGUGAUUGGUGGAGGGCCGUCAGGGAAUGCCACGAAACUCGAACCCGACGGAGGGUGGGACCAGACAGGCCUGAGCAACCUCUUCAUCAUAAGACAAGCUGCCACCACCUCUCCACCGCCGAGCGACAGCACAACCCCAUCGAUCACAGCUACGGCCACGCUAAGCCCAUAUAGCAAAGAAACAGACGACGGAAUAUCUGGCGGCGCGAUCGCAGGGAUCGCCAUAGCGGCGGUCGCUGGCGUGCUACUCGUCGCUGGCGGGGUCUUCUUCUGGCUCCGUCGUCGUCGCCAGCAGGGCAGAAGCCAAGGACUAGGUCCCGACGUCCCCGAGAAGGAUUCGCUGCCGUCGUAUAGCACUGCCGCCUCGCACCGCGCGGCCGAACUCGCAGGCGUUUACCAACCCGUGGAGAUGCCGGCGAAGGAUGGACCUACAGCGACCGUGAAGUCCGACCCGCAGAAACCUGUCGAGAAGGAUGCCGAUGCAGUAGUGCAAGGGACGCACCCGUCGGUGCGACAAAACGGACCCGCCGAGAUGGAGUAG